AUGGAAGUUUACACACACAUUGAUGAUCACUUGCAGAAGGCGGCAGCAGAAGGCAAUUUUAAACCAUUCAAGGAUUAUCGAAGGACUCUUCCUAGCCUACUCACCUCAAAUAAAAACACAAUAUUGCAUAUCUACCUUACCUCUUCGGAUAAAAGAUCCACCAAGUUUAUAAAAAAGGUACUUCGCAAUUGUCCGUCACUGUUACGGGAUGUAAAUGUCCACGGUGAUACUCCGUUGCACAUUGCAGCUAGGUACGGGCAUGCUGAUGUAGCAGAAGAGCUAAUCAAAUGGGCAAAGGCUUCAAUGCAUAAUGAAAUUGCUAUAGAGAGCGGAGAAGGGCCAAGAGAGAGAGAAAUUGUAGCAGUAAGGGAGUUGUUAAGAAUGAAAAAUAGAAAUGGAGAGACGGCCUUACAUGAAGCUGCACGAAAUGGAAAAAGUCUGGGUGUCGUGAAAGCAAUAUUGAGUAAUGAAGAUCCUUUGUAUUCAUAUUCUGCCAAUAAUUAUGGGGAAACUCCGCUUUACCUGGCUGCUCAAAAUGGAUGUGAAAAGAUAGUUCUUGAACUAUUGAAUAGAAGCAAUUCACAGUCACUGGCUUAUGGCGGCCCCAAUGGUAAAACGGCAUUACAUGUGGCAACAAUGCACCGCCGCUACUCCAAAAGUUCAUGUAUAUCAAGAAGACACUGUUAUCCAUGUAUGAUAGACGCGCUGUUGGACAAAUGGAGUAGCUUGGCCAAACAAACAGAUGACAAAGGUUGGACUCCACUCCACUAUGCUGUGUAUAAAUGUAGAGCACGUGCAGUCCAAAAGCUAUUAGAUAAGGAUAUAUCUACAGCUUACAUUGCCGAUAAAGAUGGGAAGAGAACUGCUCUUCACAUUGCAGCCUGUCGAGACUUCAAAGACGGAGUGGAAAUGAUCAUUUCUAAAUGCCCAGGUUGCUGCGAACUUACUGACAUUAGAGGCUGGAAUGUUCUUCACUAUGCAGUGAUUGGCAAAAGUGAUGAAGUACUAAAAGCAUUGCUCCAACAUUCAUCAUUGAUUUACCUUUUAAAUGGGAAAGAUGCUAAAGAGAAUACGCCUGUCCAUCUAUAUAAUGCUUAUCAUUCCGAUUCGCCUUCUUUCAUAGAAGGAGAUUCUAGUAUGUUCUUCUUCUGGAAAAAACUGCACAAAGAAAUUCAAAUCGCAGGAUACUCUUCCUCAAAGAAGAAUGACAAUUUAGAAUGGAUGAAAGAUGUUGGCAAUGGACCAAUAGGGGAAAUUCAGAAAGAAAAAAGAGGAAAGAGAACAGAAAAUAAGAUACUUCAACUUGAAAAAGUCAAGGACUCUCAUUUGGUUGCUGCAGCACUUAUAGCAACAGUAACCUUUGCGGCAGCUUUCACCUUACCCGGCGGUUAUGUAAGUGAUGAAAAAGACAUGGGGAAGGCUGGGACACCUAUCCUAAGCAAAAAUUCAGCUUUUAAAGCAUUUAUGAUAUCAGAUACUAUAGCUUUGGUUUUAUCUACUUGUUCCGUCUUUAUCCACCUUAUGCUGGUGAUCAUAGGAUAUCAGGAAAGAUACUAUUGGUUAAUAAGAUUUGCCUUCAGCUUCCUUUUCUAUGCUAUGGUAGCAAUGAUGGUUACAUUUGCGACCGGCACUUAUGCAGUUCUAACGCCAUCCUUAGCGUAUGUCGUUUGUGUCAUCGGAUUGAGCUUCUUCUUCUUCCUAACUUAUUCCAUCACAAGGGUGACAUGGGGUUUCCUUAGACACAUCAUUUCGGAUGACAGUGAUGAUGAGGAUGUUGAAAAGGAAAUUUUCUCGUGGAUGAUUGGCGGAAUCUGGUCACGUUUCUUAUUCUUUCUCCCUACUUUGAUGUGGUCACCGUAUUUGAAGCUUCGACGUUUGUUUGAAAAGAUUAGAGUCUCAUUGAAGAAGAAAAUCAUAGUCCCACUGGAGAAGAAAAUUAUAGUCCCGAUGUAGAAGAAAAUCAACCUAUUUAAGCCUGUUUCCGCUCGUUAAAGGCCUUCAACUAUCUCAAAUUCUAUUGCUUGUUGCUUGGUAGCCUUGCCAUUAGUCUCCGUGUCUCAUAUCUGCAGAGGAGUUGGAGCUGGGACUUUCAUAAGUUUCUGCAUCGAUUAGAUUUUUAUCUUUCCCUUCUCUUGUUCUUUUUAAUUUUACUAUUUUAGACAUAUUAGCAAAUAUGAUUUUGGGUUUUUAUGUAAGUGUGGUUUUGUUUGAAUCUAAGAUGAUAAGUGUGGUUUUGUUUGAAUCUAAGAUGAUGAGGAACUAAUG